AAUUUGAAUGGAGGACCCUUCAGUAAAACCAUAUGCUGCAGGCUGUCUUUCAGGGGAAAGUAAUGGCAAACCACACCUGAGUUCACCUUGUCUAUGAAGACCCAUUGAAAUUCAUGGGAUUCUCCCAAGUCCAUAAUACUUGAUGUACACACACAAACACUGGUUAACGGUUUUCUUUUAAUUAUGGGUUUACGGCAGUGGUUCUCAGCCUGUGGGUCCCCAGAUGUUUUGGCCUUCAACUCCCAGAAAUCCUAACAGCUGGUAAACUGGCUGGGAUUUUUGGGAGUUGUAGGCCAAAACACCUGGAGACCCACAGGUUAAGAACCACUGGUUUACGGGAUCAUAAUUUAACUCAUGUUAUCCACAAAGCUAGCAAAUUAAUUGUUCCAGGAAUUCUAGUCUGCUGUCAAGGGAGGUUCAUAGAAAUGCUUUAACUUUAUUCAGCCUUUUCUUUCUGUUAAACUUCCAUUGCUAAAUUUGAUCUUUGUUGUUGUCUACUGGACAGGUAUCAUUGUCUGAAAUGCUUAAACUUCAACCUUUGCCAAACUUGUUUUUUUACUGGACAACUUUGCAAACCCCACAAGAAGACUCAUCCUAUUGUAGAACACUGCAGGACAGUAAGCAACAGAUUCCUUUCCUGUUUAAAAUUAGUCUAUCAAUUGGAUUCACUAUGUGAGUUGGCUUGCACACGAUUAGCUUACUUGUUUUAUUUACAUAAAAGUACAGUUACCUUUACACAUUUGCAGGGAUGGCAUUCACAUAUUUAAUGAUAAUGGGCUUGCUGCACACCAACCCACCCCUCGAGGUCAAUGCCUGGUGCUUUGCUCUCUUCAGUGAUGAUCUGAAUCACCAACCACCACACCACAUCUGCUCGUUCAUAGACUUCAGUGGGUGUGGUUGGUGACUGAUAUUGCCCUUAUUCCACUCACCUUGGCUUUAGAGAAGGUACAGUAGUAACCACCACCUGUUUGCUAUACAAGGAAACCUUGCUUCACCCUAGAGAGAUUCAGUGUUUUCCUCAGGGUUUUAUACAGGUUGAGUAUCCCUGCUCUGCAAGGCUUGGGACCAGAAUUGUUUUGGAUUUUGGAAUACCUGCAUUUGCAUAUACAUAAUGAGAUAUCUUGAAGGUGAGACCCAAGUCUAAACACUAUUUUUUCCCAUAAAUACCUUAUAUACAUAUAUUUAUGUAAUUUUAUUCACAAAAAUGGAAAUGGUGACAGUGAUAGCCAGGGCAGCUGUACCUUGAGGCCAUGGUGGUAUUUUCUGAAAAUAGCUGCCUCCCUUCUCCAUGACUGUGCAUUUGAGCAGGUAUCGGCAAGAGAUAACAUCAAGCUAUUUUCCCGUGUUAUUCGAAACAAUUUGCUGCCAGGACGUUGCAAGAGGAAGGAAGCACUGCGAAGGAAGGCCUUGGGGUUGAUGGAUAACAGGGACUUUCCUACCCAAGGUCAACCACAUCCCUCUUCCAUUCAACUAGUUUCCACAGAAGAUCUGGAGCCACCUGACCUCUUUACUGCAGAACAUACUUCAAAUGUUCAGCUUAACCAUCCUUCAGAUGCCAAAGCUUCCCAAGCACAUCAGAAAGAUAACCAUGGCAGAUCACUUGAUCAAAAAAUAACAUCCAGCCAGAUACUUUCAUCUCUUGAGUUGGAGUUGGCUAAAACACAAGAAUCCAUUAAGGCUCUUCAGAAUGAGAACAGGCACCUGAGGAAGCAGCUGGCUAAAUGGAAGAACCAAGUGCAGGCCCUUCACUCUGCUCAAGAGGACAGAAACCACUGGUUUGAUGAGCUGAUAGUGAACCAGGAGAACCUCAAGAUGGAGCUUCAGAAAAUGAGAAUAGAAAUUAAGACUUUAUAUAACAACAAAUCCUUGAAGGAAAGGAAUAUUCAGCAUGGAACCAGUCAUCCUCCAUUCAAGCCCAAGCAUAUGAAAUAUUUGAAGUGCAAGUCUGCUCCCUGUAUUGAAAAGAAGUGGUUCUUGAAAGAACCUCCUCUUACCAAGAAUCCCAGAAUGCCAGCAACCACGUUGCAAUCACAGCCCUCACCACAUGCUAGUUCUGAAGUUGUUCAACAUGAAAACCUAAAUAGGGAAACUGUUCCUCUUACAAACCACUCUGGAGGUCAAAAGCCUGAACACAGUGAGGACCAUUUCAGCAUGGAGAUUAAGGCCUCAAGCUCCCACUUUUCCCCUCCAGUGAGGCAGACAGAGGAGGAAGAACUGCAGCACUUAUUGACAAAGCUGAAGAAUGCCUUGUCCUUCCAAGCACAGCCUGGUCAGUCCUGUCUACCCAAGGAUGGAUUGCUCUCCACAGCUGAGCAUGUUUAUAAAUCAUUCUCCGAUGUCAUCAGCCAAGUAACUUUGCCAACUAUGAAGUAUGAAGGCAGUGGUACUAGUCCUUUCCUUCUGCUUCAUUGCCCAAGGUAAAGAAGGCAGACACUUCAUGCUCACUCAGAAAGGUAGUCCAGAAAUUGCCUUGGAAUCAGAUGGCAUUAUGUAGACAUGACCUUGGAGAUGUCUAUGGACAACGCUGGCUCUUCAGCUCAGAAAUGGAGAUGAGCAUCGACCCACCAGAGUCAGACACAACUAGACUUAAUGUCAGGGGAAAACCUUUACCUUUACUUGUACAUUCAGUAAUAGUGAAUCUUCAUGCUGUGCUACAGGGAAUAAAUUUGUAUGAUGAUUUCCAUUGUCUUUAUAUUCUAAUAGUUUAAUUCCAGCAACACAGUACCACUGAAAGAAAUGAACUGAGAGUAAGUACCAAAUCAUUUCGAUCCAGCUCAUUUUAAUGGGAUGUAAAACCACAAUGGAAUGUUGUUAGAUUGUACUCACAGUCAGGCCUGUAGCGAGGUUUUUUUUUUAGGGGUUCACCCCCCCCCCCCCGAAAUUUUUCAGGUUAUUAAAAAAACCUGGUUUACUCAUGAAUUUUAACUGGUUAGCCAAAUCCUCAUGCUAAAUCUAUGAGACGUAAAACAUUAAGAGUCCCUCCAGGCACUAUAUCAAGCAGAUAUUGACAGGUCUGAACCCGGGGGGCGGGUGGGUCAGGGGUUCAACCCCCCCCCCCCCCCGCAAAAAAAAUUUCUGGCUACGGCUCUGCUCACAGUGCACAGGUAUUCUUUUCUUCCAUGAGAAACAACCUAAACAUAACUUAGAGCAGGGAGAGAGACAGAUAGAGAGAGAUAGAGAGAAAGAGAAAGAUAGAGAGAUAGAGAUACUGUAGAUAGAUGGAUGGAUGGAUGGAUGGAUG